AAGCUCCUAAGCAACGGCGCUGAUCUAUUGGCAACCGUAAAACUUGGGCCCCAUUAGGGUCUGUGGGCUUGGGGAUGUCUCAACCGAAGGUUUCUGACGGGUUGAGUCUUGUUAUUCGAUUUACUAUCAAGAAUUAUAUAGCAAAUGUAUGUGUACAGUAUUGUCUUAUCGUAAGCAGUAGCACUGAAGUUGACUACUUUAUUUGGUUACUUCUGCUAACCAAGUCCCUCUUAUCAAGUUAUUUUAUGGGCUUAUCAUAGGAAGCCCUAUCUCUUGGGGUAUACCAACAGUUUUCAUGUCUCACUGGCCGACGUUCUGUCAGGUUCCUCACCCUGUGCUGGCAGAGAAAAAAAGUGAUAUAGUAUAGAGUAGUACUUGUCUUCGCUUGGCUAGAGACUGUGUAUUGUUUGAGGUAAAGGGAGGUAAUACUGCUACGUGCAAAAUCACGGUACUGGUGAACUAAAGAUACCUGGGGCGGAGGAAUUAGGUCUGUGCCGCAGACAAGUUAACAGCGACGUGCCAAUCGAGGUGCUCCAGGACCGUACCCGCGGGGAUGGGCUCGUUGCAAUGAGGGCAUACGUAGCCGUCAAUCAUCAGUACUACCCCGGUAAGAGGCGAUUCACUUCCGGAGCGUAUUUUCGAAUCAACGGUAUCAUCUUUGGUGUCAAAUUAGAAAUAAAUGGGCUUAUUAAGUUCUCGAAUUACCUGAAAUGCCGAAAGGCGUAGGGAUAAGCUCCUAUACGGCCACCAUUGAGCAUCUUGUAUAGGCAUCCGUGAAGAAGGGUUUCAGCAUUAAUUA